AUGCCCAUUCGCGCAUGCCAUUCGCGCAUGCCCAUUCGCACAUCUCCCUUCACAUAUUCCCCUUCACUCGUGCCCAUCACCAUCUUCCGUCACCAACCACCACCGCACACCACCACCCACCACCACACACCACCACCCACCACCACCGUGCAGGUAUCUGCCUUCACUCACAUCAUUGACACCCAUCCGAUCCUCAAGAUGCACCCGUCCUCUUCCACACCUGUUACCAGCGUGACAUCACCACUUCUCUCGACAGUUCUUUCAGUGACUUCUCCAUUGAACAAGCACGAGGGGGAGAGGGGAGAUGGUAGGGUAGUGGAGCAAGCACGAGGGGGAGAGGGGGAGAGGGUAGAGGCUAAAGCAAGAGUGGGGGAGAUGGUGGAGAACCAUGAGUCAAACCGAGACAGCUACAAUCAGUUUGGGUUGACACAGCUGUCCCCUGAGUGGCUUAUCCAUUGCCGACGUCUUCAGCAAUGCCCUCCUGGAGAGGGAGUAGAGCGUGUGGGAGGCAGAAAUGGCCGCCGGGAGGCGAGGUUGAGGUACGGAACGACUGCUGAAACGUCUGCAUGUCCCCCCCAUAUCCGCCUCCUCGUUAUCCCUUCUCGCCUCCGCAAUUCUCCAUCCCGCCUCAACCGCUUCCCCCUCCUACUCCGCAUUGCCCAUUCCUGCCACGACGUCUCCCCUUCCCGCCGUCUCAAUUCACGUUCCCCGCACCCCGUAUCCCCUCAUGGUUUCCCCUUCCCGCACCCCGUAUCCCCUUCCCGCCACCCCAAUUCCCCUUUCCGCCACCACUUUUCCCCUCCCCGUCUCCCGAUUACCCCUUCCCGCCUCCCCGGUUUUCCUUCCCGCCCAACAAUUCCCCUUUCCGCCUCCCCGUUUCCCCUUCCCGUACCCCGUAUCCCCUUCCCGCCUCCCAAAAUCCCCUCUCCGCCACCCCUUUUCCCCACCUCGUGUCCCCAUUACCCCUUAUCGCCUCCCCGGUUUCCCUUCCCGCCCCGCAAUUCCCCUUUCUGCCUCCCCGUUUCCCAUUCCCGCUCACCGUUUCCUCUUCCCCCAUUCGCGUUCCCCUCCCCGCUCCCCAUUACCCCUCCCCACCUCUCCGUUACCCCUUCCCACCUUCUUCAUUCCCCUUCACGCUCCCCAUUACCCCUCCCCGCCUCCCGGUUUCCCCUUCUCGCCGCCUCAAUACCGGUUCCAGCCUCCUCGUUUCCCCUAGCCGCCUCCCCGUUUCCCCUUCCCGCUCCCCGUUUCCCCUUCCCGCUCCCCGUUUCCCCUUCCCGCUCCCCGUUUCCCCUUCCCGCUCCCCGUUUCCCCUUCCCGCUCCCCGUUUCCCCUUCCCGCUCCCUGUUUCCCCUACCCGCCCCGUUUCCCCUUCCCGCUCCCCGUUUCCCCUUCCCGCUCCCCGUUUCCCCUUCCCACCUCCCCGUUUCCCCUUCCCGCUCCCCGUUUCCCCUUCCCGCUCCCCGUUUCCCCUUCCCGCUCCCCGUUUCCCCUUCCCGCUCCCUGUUUCCCCUACACGCUCCCCGUUUCCCCUUCCCGCUCCCCGUUUCCCCUUCCCGCUCCCCGUUUCCCCUUCCCGCUCCCCGUUUCUCCUACCCGCUCCCUGUUUCCCCUACCCGCUCCCCGUUUCCCCUUCCCGCUCCCCGUUUCCCCUUCCCACCUCCCCGUUUCCCCUUCCCACCUCCCCGUUUCCCCCUCUUGGCUCCUAAUUUCCCUCAUUGCCUCCCGUCUAUCCCCACCCAACCCACCCAUCUCCAUUUCCCCUCUGUCCUGAUUACCCCUUCCCGGCUCCCCGGUUUCCCUCCCCGCCCCGCAUUUCCCCUAUCCGCCACCCCGAUUCCCAUUCCCGCAGCAAGUACCCCCUUCACACAUUGUAAUUUCCCCUUCCCGCAGCCCAUUACCCCUUCCCACCUCCCCGUUCCACCUUCCCUCUCCCCGUUUCCCUCUCCCUAUCUCCCGCUAAACGCCACCCUAUCUCCCCAGCCGUCCCUCCUAUCUCCAUCUCAAGCCUCGCCAUUCCGUAAGUUUCCUGCGCUUGCCCCUUUCAUUACCCCCGCUUCUCCUUCUCAGUUACGCCCCUCUUCCCUCUCAUCUCCCCUCGUGCUGCCUCUCAUGUCCCCCCUUUCCCCUUCUUUCAUUCCCCCAUUCUCCCUCUCAUCCCCCCCCCUACCCAACCUGAAAUCCCCUCUUUCUCCCUUUCUUUACCCCUCACAUGCCCCCUCAUUCCACACCCCCCCACCCCCCCCCCCCCCCCCCCCCUCCUACCCCCUCUCGCGUCCCCCCCAUUCACCUGCUCAUUUCCUCCCCUUCUCCCUCUCAUUGCCCCCCAUGCUCCCUCUCAUGUCCCCCUUUUCUCCUUCUCAUUUAUCGCCAUUCUCCCUCUCAUUCCCCCCCCCCUUCUCAAGCUCAUUUCCCCCCUUUCUCCCUCCCAUUUCCCCGGAUGUGCCCCCUCCUUCCCCCCCCCCCCUUUCCCCCUCUCGUUUUCACCUGCUCAUUUUCACCCCUUCUCCCUCCCACUGCCCCAUUCGCGGCCUCUCAGUUUCGCCCCUUCUCCCUCUUAUUCACUCCCCCUUCUCCCUCUCGUUUCCCCAUCUCCUCCCUAUCGUUUCCCCCCUCCCCUUCUCGUCUACCCCCGUCCCCCUCUUAUGUCUCCCCAUUCUCCUUCCUGGUUUUCCCCAUUCUCCAUCUCAUUCCCCCCUCAUUCCCAAGCUCACCUACCCCCUUUCUCUCUCCAUUCUCCCCAGAUGUGCCCCCUCAUUCCCCCCCUGUCCCCCUCUCGUUUCCCCCCCAUUCACCUGCUCGUUUCCUCCCCUUCUCCCUCCCAUUGCCCCCCAUGAGACCGGACCAGGGUUCCCCUUUUGUCUCCCUCAUUCAACCCCCCUGCGGGGUUCCACAUCCGCCGGUUUCGGGUCCCACAUCCGCCGGUUUAGGGUCCCACAUCCGCCGGUUUUGGGUCCCACAUCCGCCGGUUUUGGGUCCCACAUCCGCCGGUUUUGGGUCCCACAUCCGCCGGUUUUGGGUCCCACAUCCGCCGGUUUUGGGUUCCCCUCCCCCCCUUUAUCCCGUUCAUUGCCCUCCCUUCUCCUUUUCAUUUUCCCGCCGUUCUCCCCCUCAUUCCCCCGUGCUCCCCCAUCGCAUACCCUUCUAACCCCUGCCGUACCCUCCGUCACACACGCUCCUUCCUCCAGGGCGCCCACGCUCACUCCCCUGCCACCCACGCGCAAUCCCCUCCGUGCUGUUUACGUUCACUGUCUUACCCCCUUCUCCCCCCUCUCCCUUCUCUUCCAUACACUCUUCUUACCCCUUACCCCUCUCUUCCGUACACCAUUCUACCCCCAACUUGCGUUCUCUGCCUUAGGCCAUGCUUCCCCCUUCCGGCCUCUCUCUUCCCUACACCCUUCUUCCCCAUCUCCCCUCUCUUCCCUACUUCCAUCCACCCCCUUUCCCCACUCCUCCAAUCUUUCCCCUCUCCCCUCUCUGCCUUACUCCCCCCUUUCCCCUCUCUCCCUACUCCCUUCCACCCCCUUCACCCUCUCAUCGGUCCUUCUUCCCCCCCCAGUCUGGAGUGUGGAGCAAAUGUCACAUCAAGGAGGCACGGGCAGUGGCACGGCCAAGCGCAUCCGGACUGGAUGGCCUGCUAGGUAA